UACAUCAAAUUAUCAGUAUUCAUUUGAUUAAUUCACAAUGAAGUUCUUGAUUGCUUUAGCACUUUUCGUAGCUUCCACCGCUGCAUUGGAUUGGAAUCAAAUCCUUCCAAUGAGCGUAGACCAUAGGGUCGAAGCUCUUCGUUCAUCUGCAGCUGGUGAUAAUGGUCGCAUUACCAAUGGCAACCUUGCUAAUCCUAAACAAUUCCCAUAUCAAGCUGGUUUGAUGUUGCAUUUGGCUAAGGGUUCCGCCUGGUGUGGUGGUACUUUGAUUUCAAACCGUUGGGUACUCACUGCAGCUCAUUGCACUGAUUCAAUCAACUCAGUUGAUGUCUACCUUGGAGCUACAGAUCGUUCCAACCGCAACGAACCCGGUCAGAAGAUCAUCCGUGUUGACAAAAAAGAUGUCAUCGUUCACGAACAAUGGAAUCCAAGCACCCUCAUGAAUGAUAUUUCUUUGAUCAAAUUGCCAUCUCCAGUAUCAUUGAACGCUUAUAUUCAACCUGCUAAAUUGCCAAAGAUGAAUGGCAAAUACUCCAACUAUGCCGGAUCCAAAGCUAUUGCUUCCGGUUGGGGAAAAAUCACCGACUCUGCUACCUCUGCCACUGACAAACUUCGUUGGAUUGAAGUUCCAGUUAUGACCAACUCUGCUUGCAGCCCCUACUUCGGAGGAUCCGUCAAGGACACUCAUGUUUGCAUUAGCACCAAGGGGGCCAAGUCCACCUGCAAUGGUGAUUCUGGUGGCCCACUUGUUUUGGCUGACGGAAGCAACACUGUUAUUGGAGCCACUUCAUUCGGUAUUGCCUUGGGCUGUGAGAAGGGAUGGCCAGGUGUAUUCACCCGAGUCACUUCUUACUUGGAUUGGAUCCAAAAGAAGAGUGGUGUUGUCAACAAGUAAAUUAUUUUGUAAUAUUUUAAAUGGUUCAUUAAAAAUGACAUUUUAAAAGCUACAAA